GAAUGCUAUGGUUGUUAAUUCGAUUAAAUAGAUUUUUUUUCUUGUUUGAUUAAUUUCUCGAAUGCGUAACAACAGCCGAUAUAUUCAUCGUAUGUCAUGAAAAAAGUAAAAAUGCAAUAAUUAAUCGUUUAACAAAUUUUAGAGUUAAUUGUCUAAGUUCUCUAACGAUUUAUUAUACGGUAUUAAUAAAAAAAUAUAAUUGAUAUAGGACUUUGAAAUCUUCCUAGAAUGGAAGACAAAAAAAUUUAUUAGAUGUAUAGCUGCAUUUUCUAUCUCAUUUAUGAUUUAAAUAUUUUAUACUUAAUGACUUAAUAGAUCGCUUGAUAAAUCUAUUCUCGUUUUAUCUGCGAAAAUAUUCAUAUCGUACUAAAAUAUUCGUAUCGGUUAUAGAUUGAAUGAAAGGUUUAAUUUGUGCUUGUAGUGUCGUACAUUUAGAUGUCUCGUUGAUCGUAAUUGCUGUGAAAUAAUAUAAAUGGGUUGAUAAUGUUAUUUCUUCGAUCGUAACUUUGAACGAAACGAUUAUAAGAUAUGGAAUUUGUUGGUAUACAACGUGUAAGAAGUCGAAAAAGAAGGAGACAUUUAAAAAAGCAACGACGCGAACAAAUAAAAUUUGAGGUUAAGUCUGCAAAACGUUUGGGAUUUAUUUCAGAACGUUGUAAUAUUUUUAUCUCUAAAGAAAAAUUAAUCACCGAUACGAUGCAAGCUAACUCCUUUUGGGAAAAUUAUACGGCUGCUCAGGAAUGGCAAAAAAGACAUAGUAUAAUUUGGUGGAAAACUCGAUGUAUUGCGUUGGAACAUGAAAAUCAAAUAUUAAGAGAUAAAUUGAAAUCUGUGAUACGUGAAAAGGAUCAACGGCAUUCUUUGAAUGUUAAAAAAAAAAAUGAUUACAAGCGUACGAAUGUAGAAGAAGAAUGCGAAGAAACAACAUCGAGCGAAGAAAGUGGAAAUAUUGAAUUUCAUAUAAAUGAAGAAAUGAUGAAUUUCUUGGAGCAAAGCAUGAGACAUAAAUUUGAAUUGAAAAAAUUGAGAGAAUCAGAAAUAUCUAUUAAAAAGAAGAAAGAGGAAGAGGAGAAUAUGAAUAUUCAAGGUGGAGCAACAUGGAUGCAUACAAGGAAUAGUAAUGCAAAAUUGUUAUAUGGUGAUGCGAGUUCCACAAUAUUGGCAAUGGAAACUGCACUUCAAGCUACGGUUGAUAGACACAGGGAUAAAGCGAAACCUCAGUAUUGGCCAAUUAUCCCUUUAAAACCAUAAUAUAUAUAUAUAUAUAUAUUCAUAUAUGUAUUUUAUAAAAAAAAAAGAAAAAAGAAA